GGGUGUUAGUGCAAUUUCGAACGAGUGUGGGAGGACUUUGAAAAACACACGUAUUAAUUUAUUAGAAUUAUCCAUAAUAUUUACUGUUCAUAUUUAUAUACAAUAAAGAUAUUUGACAUCGAGCUGCCCCAACAGUUGUGCAAUCGGUGUCGCCAUUGUUGGGACGUGCGGCAGCCAAGGAGCAGGAAGAGACUCAGUUGUUACCGUAAAAUUUACUGAAGGAGCGGAUAUUCUCUUUAAACAAAGCAGUAAAGAUGCAGAAUCAGGACGGGAAUGUGGUGGAAUCUGAAAUGGAAACCGUAACAUCCAAACAAACCUCCGAAACUGAUGAUUGGGCAAGUUUCAGGGAUGAUGACAUUAUGCAGCAGCAAUCUGCCAUCCUGGCUGAGGAAUCUGGGAAGAUACCUUUCAUUGGUGACAAGGAGCCACUUUUGUCCUUAGCGGCAGAAUACAAAUCAGGAAACUCAGUAUUGUUGGAAAAAAUUAAGGUUCUUAUGGAACAGUAUUCUGCCAUCAGGCGAACGCGUGGAGAUGGAAAUUGCUUCUUUCGUAGCUUCAUGUUCGCUUACCUUGAGCAUAUUUUAGAAUCACAAGACCGUGUGGAAGUUGAUCGAGUGACAGCAAAUGUAGAGGAAUGCCGAAAGACACUUCUCUGCUUAGGCUAUGCUGAAUUUACCUUUGAAGAUUUUUUCGCGCUAUUUCUCGAGCAACUUGAGAGUGUGCUAUCUGGAAAUGAAGCUCUUAAGAGCCAUGAAGAACUGUUGCAGAGGAGUAGAGAUCAAUCGGUAUCUGACUAUGUUGUGAUGUUCUUCCGCUUUAUUACUUCUGGUGAAAUAAGAAAGCGCUCAGAGUUCUAUGAACCAUUUAUUCAAGGAUUAACAAAUGCAUCAGUGGAGCAGUUUUGCAAGUCGUCAGUCGAACCCAUGGGUGAAGAGAGUGAUCAUGUUCACAUUACAGCUUUGUCGGAUGCUUUGGGAGUAGCAAUACGUGUGGUUUAUCUCGACCGAAGUUGUGACGAUAAAGGCAGUGUCAGUGUUAACCAUCACGAUUUCGUUCCUGCCAAUGAGAAUAACAAUAAUACUAGUGAUUCUCAGCCACGCAAACCGUUUGUUUGCUUGCUUUAUCGACCGGGUCACUAUGACAUUCUCUACUCAAAAUAAACGUGUGUUUUCCUCAUCACUACAAGUGAAUUUGUUGUUGGUUCCUUAUGUAGGCCACAAACACAGAUUUGAUGAACCCUUCGGUUUAUGACUUGAGCGUCCAUUUCCAGUGGCUUUUGCCUUCAAAACAUUUUCUCAAUACUUUUAGUUAAUUGUUGAAAUAUAGUUUCUCCUGUUUACAUUAUAUUAUUCAAUAUACGCAUAAAAUUAUUAUAUUGCAUCUGUCAACCAUGUAACUGAACGUCAAUUAGAGUAGUUG